AUGGCUUUUUGGCCAAAAUGGUAUAAUGUAAAGGUUAAGAAAUGGGUUUUUCUUGAAGCUGGUGAAGCUAAAACGGCUAUAGACUCUCAUCAUGCACAGAUUUCUCAUGCAAUAAAUCGUUAUGUUCGGUUGGGAUUUGAUAUUCAAACAGGAAAAGAUAUUGAAAAUGCAAUUCAAGAUAUUUGGGGAACUUCUGUAGCUCAGUUGGUACCUAAUCGAGAUCGUGGGAGUGGAAGUAAUACGUUGCCAGGCAAUUCAAAUUGGUUUGAAUGGCAAUGGCCAACCUCUGGAGAUUUUGAGGGAUGUAUAUUUGCACUGUCUAUACCCAAUCUUGGACCUUGGACUACAUUUACUCCUACUCAAUUAGAAAAAUUACAAAAGCGUGAAAUUGAAAAACCUAAUCCAAAUAUAUCCACCCCUACUAUUUCAAAUUCUAAUUGGGAAAUUCCACCUCCUAAUUCAGAACGUAUGUAUCAUGGAAAUUAUUUUGAUUCUUUACCGAUUGCUUCACAAAAUUUCCCAUUUGCACUUUUUCACCUUCAAUUUUUUCUUGUAAAAAAAUUACAAUCUAGAGGAAUAGAAUUGAAUGGAAAGGAAAUAAAGAAGAAUUAUGAUGUCAAGGAAGUAUAUCCACUGCAAAUCGGCUGGGCUCUAAAGGAGAACCAAAAAUUCGGUAAAAAGGAAGCAGGAAAAAGGAUGACAAAUCAAGUGAGAGCACUAUUAGAAGGAUAUUUUAUGGCAGGUAAUGCAGAUAAAAGUAACCGUUAUACCGCUCAAGAUAUGCAACGUGAGUUGGAAAAGUGUGCACAGGAAGGUGAAAUUGAUAAAGACAACGUUCCAAAAGUUACCACAAUUCAAAAUUAG